UGGAGUUUGCGGCCACUCGUGUCGGAAAUCGUGGAGACCACCGACUUGUCGAAUCUCAGGAUAUUCCCCUCGAAUAUCUCAGGAACAUACAAAGGCACAUGGGAGGUCGCGCGAAAUUCCUCGUCGUCGCGAUUCCCGGACCUACAGAAGAACUCUGGAAAUAUAAUUUUUCAAUUAAAGACCAGCAGCACGGCUCGUCCCGAGGUUCACUAUGUCCAUGGAGAGGUGGUGUUGCGGGACGGAAUGUACAUUAGCGACGGCGACGUGCAUAUGAAGCUCGAAGGGGUCUACCUGCGCCCCUUCGGCCACCUUAGAAUGGUUCUCAGCAGCUCGGCGGGAGCGGACUCCACAGAAGUGGACGAAGAGAGCGCCGCCAAUGGCUACCAGCUGGAGCUGCACGACUCCAGUAAACGAGGCCAGGGAUCACCAGAACACACAGCGGUGGUGGAGAUGGCGCGGAACUGCAAGAUAAGGAUGAUCACACAUGUAUCACCCGCCGUGUGGGAGUGGCGAAACGGUGUGCAGGAGCACGUGCCGAGUCAGAUGCAGGGAUUCGUGGAGAGCGUGCAAGAAGACAUCAGCGCAGCCGCCUCCUCCUUUGCCUCUCGCCAUUCCUUCUUCAGACCAGCUGCUGCUGCCGCCUCAGCAGCUGCAGCUGGUGCCGGUGGUGCUGGUGGUAACGCUGCGGCUGGUGCCGCUAACGCAGCAGGAUCGGCAGGGAUAGGAGCGGGGCUAGGGCUAGGGUUGGGGGUAGGGAUGGGGGGAGGCGGAGGGGGAGGGUUGAGCUCAGGGAUAGGGGGCUCUGAGCUGCUGGCGGAAAGCAAGGGGGAACGGGGGGGAAUGGGCGGAAUGGGGGGAAUGGGCGGGGUGGGGGAAUCGUGGGAGGCGGACGCUGCUCUAGUAGCAGCAGAGGAUCCGGUGGGGCGGAGGGGGGCCAUGGGGGGAGGGGAGGGGGAGGGGGAGGCGGAUGAGAGUGGGGCGCCGUGCUUUGCGACUCUGCGGAUCAACGCCACUGCUGUGGAUCUGGAGGCAUAUUAUAAUAAGGCCGUCAACUAUACCCUCAUGGUCACAUUCAUCUCCUUCCUGCAAGUGCUAUUCAUCAUUCGCCAGAUGGAGCACAGCAACACACAAUCGGGAGCAGCCAAGGUCUCGAUGCUGAUGGUGGGGCAGCAGGCCAUCAUGGAUGCGUACCUCUGCCUGCUGCACCUCACAGCUGGCAUUGUAGUUGGAGCGGAGUCCUUAUUCAACGCCUUUGCAACAGCAGCCUUCUUCAAGUUCGUCAUCUUCUCCAUCUUCGAGAUGCGCUACCUGCUCGCCAUCUGGAAGGCCCGCCGCCCCGCACAGUCCUCGGAGAGCUGGGACCUCAUGCGGAGGGAGCUCUCCAUCCUCUACUCGCGAUUCUACGGCUUCCUCCUGGGCGGCAUUCUCCUCAUCUACCGCUUCAGCACGGCGCUACGUUACCUGCUGCUGCUCUUCUACUCCUUCUGGAUCCCCCAGAUAGUCACAUCCGUUAUAAGGGACUCGCGCAAGCCCCUCCACGUGCACUACAUUCUCGGCAUGUCCGCCACCCGCCUCGCCAUCCCGCUCUACAUUUUCGGGUGCCCGAAAAACUUUAUGCGCGUGGAGCCGAGUCCCGCGUGGUGCGCUGCGUUGAUCGCGUUCAUGGGAGCGCAGGUGGCGGCGCUGCUGCUGCAGCACUACCUGGGGCCGCGCUGGUUCAUCCCCAAACAGUUCCUCCCUGAAAAGUAUUCCUACUUCCGCCGCGUGUCGUGCCUCAUGAGGCAGAGCAACGACGCUGACGACAGCGGGCCGGCAGACUGUGUCAUCUGCAUGACGCCCGUGCCCAUCACCUCCCACUCCAUGGACCGCAUGGUGACUCCCUGUGACCACAUGUUUCACACGGCAUGCCUGCAGCGUUGGAUGGACAUCAAAAUGGAAUGCCCCACCUGCCGCCGCUGCCUCCCCCCCGUCUGA